CCGGUUCAGGCCAGAGUCUUUUUCUCUGGGGCUUCCUCGUGCUCAGCUAGUCCCCCGGUCAAUACGUGGGAAUCCCUGGUACCUCUACGGUAUCCUUGCACUCACCCAAGAGUCAUGUCUUGGGCUGCUCGCCCGCCCUUCCUCCCCCAGCGGCAUGCCGCAGGGCAGUGUGGGCCGGUGGGGGUGCGAAAAGAAAUGCAUUGUGGGGUCGCCUCCCGGUGGCGGCGGCGACGGCCCUGGCUGGAUCCCGCGGCGGCGGCGGCGGCGGCAGCAGCCGGAGAACAACAAACCCCGGAGCCGGAGCCAGGGGAGGCUGGACGGGACGGGAUGGGCGACAGCGGGCGGGGUGAGUGUCCUAGCGGACGGACCGGCGAACCAGUCACCGCGUUAUCUGCGACCCCUCCCCCACCCCCGAUGCCACCCCCUCCACUGGGCUCCCCUUUCCCAGUCAUCAGCUCUUCCAUGGGGUCCCCUGGUCUGCCCCCUCCAGCUCCCCCAGGAUUCUCCGGGCCUGUCAGCAGUCCCCAGAUUAACUCAACAGUGUCGCUCCCUGGGGGUGGGUCUGGCCCCCCUGAAGAUGUGAAGCCACCAGUCUUAGGGGUCCGGGGCCUGCACUGUCCACCCCCUCCAGGUGGCCCUGGGGCUGGUAAACGGCUAUGUGCAAUCUGCGGGGACCGAAGCUCAGGCAAACACUACGGGGUUUACAGCUGUGAGGGCUGCAAAGGCUUCUUCAAGCGUACCAUCCGUAAGGACCUGACCUACUCGUGCCGGGACAACAAGGACUGCACAGUGGACAAGCGCCAGCGAAACCGCUGUCAGUACUGCCGUUAUCAGAAGUGCCUGGCCACUGGCAUGAAGAGGGAGGCGGUACAGGAGGAACGUCAGCGGGGGAAGGACAAGGACGGGGAUGGGGAGGGGGCUGGGGGAGCCCCCGAGGAGAUGCCUGUGGACAGGAUCCUGGAGGCAGAGCUUGCCGUGGAGCAGAAGAGUGACCAGGGCGUUGAGGGUCCUGGGGGAACCGGGGGUAGCGGCAGCAGCCCAAAUGACCCCGUGACUAACAUCUGUCAGGCAGCUGACAAACAGCUAUUCACGCUUGUUGAGUGGGCGAAGAGGAUCCCACAUUUUUCUUCCUUGCCUCUGGAUGACCAGGUCAUAUUGCUACGGGCAGGCUGGAACGAGCUCCUCAUUGCUUCCUUCUCCCACCGAUCCAUUGAUGUCCGAGAUGGCAUCCUCCUCGCCACAGGUCUUCAUGUGCACCGCAACUCAGCCCAUUCUGCAGGCGUGGGAGCCAUCUUUGAUCGGUCCCUCUCCAGGGUGCUGACAGAGCUAGUGUCCAAAAUGCGUGACAUGAGGAUGGACAAGACAGAGCUUGGCUGCCUGAGGGCAAUCAUUCUGUUCAAUCCAGAUGCCAAGGGUCUCUCCAACCCCAGUGAGGUGGAGGUUCUGAGGGAGAAAGUGUAUGCAUCACUGGAGACCUACUGCAAACAGAAGUACCCUGAGCAGCAGGGACGGUUUGCCAAGCUGCUGCUACGUCUUCCUGCCCUCAGGUCCAUUGGCCUUAAGUGUCUAGAACAUCUGUUUUUCUUCAAGCUCAUUGGAGACACCCCCAUUGACACCUUCCUCAUGGAGAUGCUUGAGGCUCCCCACCAGCUGGCCUGA